AGGAAAUGGUGUCGUGUGGUUAAAGUUACUGACUUGUAAGCCCCGGAUCAUUGUCCCCAUAUUUGCGGCAUAUGAUCUAAAAACUCCAAUGUUUUUGAAGUCCUAGCUUGUACAUAAUAGGUAGAAGAUCAAAUGUGAGUCUUUCAUGUGCGCGAUAGGACAAUUCUUUGCUUGGGGAGCUUGCCGGGAGCUUCUAGUUACAAGCCAAUUAUCAAUGAGCCAACCUGAUACCGAUGUGUUGGCUCACUAGCACUACACUAGAAGGCCCACGAUGGUAAUAUGCCGAGGUAGGUUACAUGUUUCGAGGAAUUACCUGACUCGCGUAGCUGCUUUGUGAAAGACAUUUCGGGUCUAGCGAGAAGCCAUCUACAGCAUAUCAGGUAACGCGGCGUCCCGGUAACAAAAAAAAUAGUAGGCACCCCGGUCCAUAUUUGGAACCAGAAGAUCCGAUCCUUCUCAAUCGUAGUGGGGCAGUUCUUUUGUCGCGAUCCUACUCCAUUCAGCUCGCCUUCGCCCUCGCUUUAAUAUCUUUAAUCCUCAAACAGAAUGCUGGCGACGACGUCCACCUCUUCCACCAUCAGUAGAUAUACGGGUAAUCUGAAGGGAUGGGAUUAUGGAAUUCUUCGAGAACCAAGUCGGCGAGGUGCGAUACUUGACUACUCUGGCUGAAACCCCUGCUUCCGCGCCGCCGGUAUCUCCAGCGUCUCAACAGCAUACUAGCAGCAGUGGUAUAGCGACUGCUGCCGGCGCCAAGAGGAAAAGCAGUGCGGAAGAGUCGCCAAGUUCCAAGGGGCCACCUCAGCAAAGAAGUAAGAGGAAUAGAUAUAUAUCCAUAGCUUGCAACGAAUGCAAGCGGCGCAAAAUAAAAUGCAAUGGCGAAACUCCAUGUCAACGAUGCGGGAACCUCAACCUCCAAUGCCUCUACGCGCCUAAUUGUUGCUCUAGUUCGUUCAAAGACUCGGACGAAUUCAAGCAGAUGACUAGUAAGGUCAAUCAGCUGCAGGAACAGGUCGAUGCUCUAUUCGCAAACAUGAACGCUUUGAGAUCGGAAGCCUUGCGCCUGGCCCCCAUCCAAGAUCGACCGCCAACCUUACCAUCCACGUCGAGUACUCCGUCGUCAUCUUCUAUACCUUCCAUCACACCCAUACAUAGGCCGGCCGAACUAGCCCAAUCCCGACAACCCGGCUUCCGUGGGCCCACGAGUACCCGAUUCAACUUGGAUGUCGCGAAGAAUACCUUGCAUAAGAUGGGCUAUAGCAACCCAACUGAUGGCAGCGAGCAGGAUGGUUAUAGCCAGGAAAGUUCCGCACCCUCACCGAAUAUGACGACUCAUAUAGCUACAACUCCCAACAGCCCUCGCGAUCCACUAUGGGAGUUUGACAAAGACGAUUUGGUGCGCUUAUGCCGGUUGCAUGAUGAAGAAAUUGGCAUCAUGUACCCGGUGGUUAAGAUGGAUACGGUCAUCCGCCAUGCAAAAUCUCUUUCUUCAUGGAUGGAGGCAGCCAGAAAGAACUUCAUGAUAUAUGGCGAUGAAAGCAAUCUUAAGGACCGUAAUACUGUUUUGCUCAAACUCAUCGUUUGUUGCGCAUUGCAAAUUGAGGAACACGGAAAUAGCGAGAAGGCUCAAAGGGUCUUUCUCAGUGUCCGGCCGACGACGGACAGGAUGUUAAUGUCCGAUCCAAGUGACGUGAAGAAUAUGCCAAUACUAGCUCUUGUGGCGGGAUAUUACUUCCUUGCCAAUGAUGAGAUUCUAGCUUGGCGUACCAUGGGUCAAGUCACACGCCUUUGCUUCGAAUUAGGACUUCAUCGGCUGGAUGCGAUCCAGCGAAUAGAGAACGAAGAAGAACGGAACAACGCGAUCAACUCAUUUUGGGCGGCUUACGUUUUGGAUCGUCGGUGGGCUUUCGGUACAGGUUUGCCAUUUACCGUCCCGGACGACGAAAUUGAUCCUCAGUUACCCUUUCCCGAUUCGCACCCUUAUCUAGUCGCCAUGAUUACCUACUCAAAACUCAGUGCGAAGGUAUGGCGACUCGUACGGAAUUUUGAACCUAACACGCCACUAGAACUUCGACCAAAUGAAAUCGAGGAACUCGACCAUCAGAUAAAGCAGUGGUAUAACGAAGUGCCUCAAGAAACUCAACUUGAGCUAGCUGAUUGGGAAGCGUUACCAAGAUAUCUGAAUCCACCAGUCAACUCGCAGAAGGAUUACGACAUACAGAGACUACAGAUCUGGACUUACUUACGCUUUAACCAAAUCCGUACUUGGCUCUAUACCCCUAUUCUGCAUACUCAUAGUAGCAUCAUGGAAAACAUGCAAUUUGCUGAGCGUGCCGUCAAGCUUGCAAAAAACACCAUCUGCUAUCUAACACAUCUAAACAACACGACCAACAUAUAUAGGAAGAUUCAGGUCUUUUAUCACCAAUUUCUGUUGGCCGCCAUCGCCGUGCUCUUCCUGGCAUCCUGCCAUGCUCCGGUGAACUUCAGUUCAACAUGUCGAAACGAGUUCUACAUGGCGCUCGAGUUGGUGAAGGACUUAUCUUCUAGAUCAUUUGUCUCGCAACGUCUUUGGAGCACUAUUAAAUCACUCCGGGAAGUGGCACCUCGUCUCGGACUCGCCCAAGACCCUCACUCCACGGCAGCGCUCACGAUGGCCGGGCUAGCUACCGGCCAGAUGGGGGUCACGCCUCUCAUUGCUUCCGGCUACGGGUCACAACCAUCGCCCGUCUCGGGGGCGCCCCCCACAUUUAACGGCGUCCAGAAUGGACACCAGAUCUCGAGCGAGAUGUCGCGGAUAUUCGAAGGUUACAUGGGGAAGAACAGCAGCCCGGGCGACCAGCUGGCGGCCGGACCGCCGCCGCCCGUUGACGAUGGCGCGACGAUGCCUUACGGUGUCGGUAGCGUGUAUCAACACUUCAAGGAUAUGUUUUAGCCUUUUGUGGAGCAUUACUUGGAAAUUGAUUAAGGGCAUGGUUCUGCAUAGCGAAUGGGGCGGGUAGCGAGUAGAACAGGCUCGGGGUUGGUUGAAUCGGCGCAUUGAUGCCUCUCAAGGAGUUAUUCCAGGACAAUACCUAAUAUGUCAAACCUACCUACCUAGGUAAAUAUAAGCAUCUGUAUUUAUGUGCAUCCUUUAAACUGGCACAAGACCACAAUUUCCAUACAAUCGGGUGGAGCAGACCUAUUGGACCUGGAAGCAUUGGGGCUUUUAUAGCAUUGCACAAUGAUCUUCAGAGUACCAAAGUAGAAAAGUACGAACGCCUACCCCCUGGAAAGUCAACAUACGAGUCCGCGAUUGACUUGGUAAUGCUAUUCGAAAAUCUCCGAAUAGCGUCCUUGGGGCUUCGUCUGCGAGGAUAGCUAACAUAUUUAGACGCCGAUAUUUAAGACGUACAAAUACCUAGGUGUAUGAGGCAGAAGUCGUCGAAUUCGUCGGGUGAUAGCUAGUCGCUAGCAUUGUGGAAGCCGUACUCAUUUGACUUUCCUGGACAAGGACGGCUGGGCGUGAAGAGUCUUGCCAUUGUCAAGAUAACUACCCUCGAUGCAUAGCUUCUCAAUCAUAAUUAUUGCG